AUGAUUACAGAAGUCUAUGAGACUCCUAUCCAGAGCUUCAUUAUACUCCAAGUUUUCGGUGGCCACGAUCCUGCGGUUCUCAUCGCCAUCCGCCGUAGGCCGGGCUCGAUACUACAUACGGAGGAAGAGGACGAAGAAAUUGCCGGGACCGGGCGGCGGCUCGAGAGGCCAGAGCGGGGAGAGGAAGUCGAGGGUACCGAAGAAGCCGUAGUAUUGGAAGUCCGGAAUGGACGAGUGGGGUGUAAGUAUUGGCCUCCGUUCGUCGAAGAAGAGCGAGACAUGUCUGAGUGGCUCGACGAACCGGGCUUCGCGACUGCCCUGGAAUGA